AUUUCUAGGGUUGAGCGAUGCACGAUCUCGAUUGCCUCAAGGCGGUGACGCUUCUCCCGGCCACGUUUCGGCCGAUCUUCACCUUCAGAUACUUCAAUUCUGUCCAGAGCGAAUGCUUCAGCCAGGCAUUCCUGUCCGAUGACAAUAUGGUGGUCUCGGCGCCCACGGGAAGCGGCAAGACAGUCCUCUUUGAGCUGUGCAUCUUGCAUCUUCUUAGCCGCUCCAUUGGGCCGGACGGACAGUUCCAGCAUACCCCCGGAACGCUGAAAACUGUUUACGUUGCGCCUACCAGAGCGCUUGUCCAAGAGAAACUGAGGGAGUGGAAGCAAAAGUUUGGGCAAGUGCUGGGAUUGAAUUGCCAGGAGCUAACCGGUGAUGCGGAUGUGAGGCCCAUGCCCGACACUGACAUAAUUCUCACGACGCCAGAGAAAUUUGACUCUAUAACACGGAGGAACAAGGAUCACGGGGGCUUGAGUUUCUUCGCUGAUGUUGGCCUUUUCGAGAUUGACGAGGUUCACCUCCUUCACGAACCACGCGGUGCGGCACUCGAAGCCGUUGUCAGUAGAAUGAAAAUGCUUUCUCGGUAUCCAGAGAUGGGAGGGUGCCCGCUUUCCACGAUUCGGUUUGUUGCUGUUUCAGCAACAAUCCCAAACAUUGAAGAUAUCGGUGAAUGGCUGAAGGUUCCGCCUCGCGCACUGAAGAGGUUUGGAGAAGAAGUACGUCCCGUAAAACUGACUACGAAAGUCUUGGGCUAUGCUCCUGCCAAGAACGACUUUCUUUUCGAAAGGAGGCUACAAGGCUUUCUUUUUGAUAUUAUCAUGCAGGAAGCGAAGGAUAAGGCUGUUCUAGUAUUCUGCUCCACUAGAAAGGGAGCACAAGAAGCGGCUACUACAGUAGCUCGUGCCGCUUCAAGCAUGAACUUUCGCAAUCCUUUCAUCAAAAGUCAAGAGCACUAUGAAAGAUUACAGCUUGCUGCAAGGUCUUCGAAGGACAAGCAUUUACAAGAAUGCAUAAGAUGUGGAGUUGGCUUUCACAAUGGUGGUAUGGACAUGAUAGAACGGAGCCUUGUCGAAAAUCUGUUUCUAAGGGGAGAUAUUCAUAUUCUGUGUACUACAAACACGCUUGCGCAUGGAGUUAAUCUCCCUGCUCACACAGUCAUCAUAAAAUCGACACAGUACUUUAACAAAGACAAAGGCUGUUACACGGAAUACGAAAGAUCGACGCUUGUGCAGAUGUGUGGACGGGCUGGCCGUCCUCAAUUUGACGAUAACGGCCUUGUUAUUAUAAUGACACGAAGAGACACGGUCCAUCUUUACGAGAAUCUUCUUUCUGGAUCGGAAGUUGUGGAGUCAGAGUUACUUCCUGCAAUAGCGGAGCACUUGAACGCUGAAAUAGUUUUGAUGACCGUGUCGGACGUUAGUUUGGCAAUUGAGUGGCUGAAAGCUUCUUUCCUAUACGUCAGAAUAAAAAAAAAUCCUCAGCACUAUAAGGUCGAUAGAGCUCGUGAAGAUCAUCUCGAAAAUCAUCUCAAAGAAAUUUGUCUGAGGAAUGUCAACGAACUGGCUGAGUUUCGACUUGUUGAAACUGAUGAAUAUGGAUUUCAGCUGAAGCCUCUAGAGCCAGGACGCCUAAUGGCGAAGUACUAUUUGGACUUCAGCACAAUGAAGGAAAUAACCAAGGCACCAAUCAAGUGUGCUGUCGAAGAUAUGAUCUAUACUUUGGCCAAGUCACAAGAACUUUCAUGGAUCCAGCUCAGGCGAAACGAGAAGAAACUACUGAAUGAUAUAAAUGGGGAUACAACUGGUAAAAUCAAGUACCACGUUCUGGGAGUGAACGGGAAGAUUAAAAAGCGCAUUCAAUCACGAGAAGAAAAGAUCUUUCUUCUGAUUAAUGAUGCUUUGUCGGGAGAUCCAUCCACGCUAGAUUUCACUAUGAGUCAGGACGUGACUGCUAUCUGUACAAAUGGAACCCGCAUUUCCCGUUGUAUGAGCGAAUACUUUAGGUUCAUGAAGCGUUUCAAGGAAACUGUGACUGCCUUGAAGCUAGCAAAAUGUAUUCAUGAAAGGCUUUGGGAAGACAGUUCUUAUCAGCUUAAACAACUAGCUGGGGUGGGAAUGGUUACUGCCAAGGCAUUUCUUCAGUCCGGAAUCGAUUCAUUCGAUAAACUAGCGAAAGCGGACCCAAGGAAGCUGGAAGCUAUUACUGGGCGAAAAUAUCCUUUUGGCAACCAAGUCAAAGAAGCACUGGACAAACUUCCUCCCAGAAUAGACAUGAAGCUAAUCGAGACUCGACGGAAUACAUCUGGAAAUCAUGAGCUUACACUGAUAUUAACACGUCCGGGAAAGACAACGGCUUCUAUUUGCAAUGUUGCACACUUGGUUGUGGGAAGCGAAAAAACGAAUCGGCUUUACUACUAUGAGAGAAUAAGGGUUGAACAGUUUUCCAGCCCGUACUCCGUUUCUUUAUCUAUAGAACGUAUUGCGGGUAAGGACGUGGACGUGGACGCUGCUCUCAUUUCCGAAACUUAUGUUGGGAUCGACCUUGUGGAGAAGCUAUCAUUGAGAAACUUCGUGAAAGCCAGCAUGGUCACUGAACGAUCAGUCCAGAAUAAAAACCAACGAAGCGAAGAACCUGGCUGUUUGCCCAGUUUCCAGCUGAUUCCUGAUGGCGAAGAUGCACAACUUCCCGUCAGCAAAGAGAAUCGCUUUUCGGGAGAUCAGAUCUUUGACCACAUCAACGGGAAGUCCAGGUCUCUCUCAGCUCAGCUGAAUUCACAAAACAGUUUUCAGCUGCAAAAGACGCUUGAUGUUGCUCCUGUGACAAGCGUGGUCAAUAGACAAUAUCAACGUCUGGACGUGGAUGUUUGUAGUCCAUCAACUGAAAUCCUCGGUAGCACUCAGUUGGGAUUUUCUUCUCCAGUCCAGAACGGGCGUUCUCAAUACAAAAGACAGCAUCAUCCAGAUUCGGCAGUGCAACAAAGCGGUAAACACUGCAUUCCAGCCUUUUCCGCAAGCAAGCUUCCUCGAAUUGCCUUUAAUUUGGAUCAUUUGGAUCCUGCUCGAAAUAAUCGCUCUGAACGUCGUGCGGAAAUUCCGCCUUUCAGAGUGUUCGAUGUCUUCGAGUUCCCUGGAACGCCGUCAGAGCCUCGCGCUAAGGAGCCUCGAAACAAGGAGCUUGAAGCUUCAAGGCCGAUGGCAGGCACUCCAGGUUUUCAAUAUUCAGCAAACUGCUCUCCAAGGCCCGAAAGUUCUUGUUUUACUCCAGUUCCAGCUCCUCCGGCGCUAAAAUCUCCGAAAACCUGUGCCAUGGAGGCUUCAAGGCUGGAUGUGUUUACGAGCAUUUUUUCUUUUCUAUGAAAUGCAAACAUAUAAAUUUUGGGUU